GGAACUUCUGCAGUGUGCACACCGGUGUGUAAGUGUGUGUUACUGUGUGUGCGAUUGCGUGCGUGUGUGUCCAGUGCAGCUCCCGGCGCAUUGUGACUCUCCUACUGCUCUUGAUUGGGUUAGAGGCAACUGGUUAGAAGCUUUGAGUGCAAAACAGCAGCCUACUACAACUACUACCAAUGUCAACCGUGUCAGAUCAGCGGAUGAAAGGAUCAGGAAAUCAUGGAAACGGCGAUUAUAAUUCUUGGAGUGCGCAAGUGAAUCACGGACCAGGUGGCGUCGGACAUCAGAAAAAGUCGAACGAUGACUACUACCGUAAUCAUGGGGCUUACCACGAUAGUGUCAAGAAUGUCGAGCACGGUAUGCAAGGACUUGGAGUCGGUUCCAUGCACAGUAGCAACCAUUCGGCGGGCAGCAACUCCACAUCGAAACACUAUCAGCAACAGCAGCAGCAAAAGGAAGCUCCCAAAAAGAUGACCUGGGCCUCGAUCGCUUCGCAGCCGGCAAAACCGCAAGUGAACACCAUCAGUACCACGGUGAAGAAGAAGGGCCCUGGCAUGCCACCACCACCAAUGAUUCCCGGCAAGCACAAUAUGGACAUUGGCACCUGGGAUUCGCCGUCGAAGAAUGGUUCGGCCAUGGUGGCACCGACGCCACCGCCAAUCAUUCCACCACCGGUGAUCGAACCAUCGCCGCUGGCCGAAUCGGCUCAACUGAAGUCGGGAGGAGGAGGUCCAGGAGGUGAUCGAUCGCAACUGCAUCACCCAUCUCAUCACGAUUCGCAUCGUCAGAACACGGGACCGGCAGGAAUGCAAAGCUCUCGUUGGCCAACACUCGGACAGGCACAGGUUCAGCAACAACAACAGCACAGCACUGCAGGCGGAUCGAUGUCCUCGCAACAGCAGCAACAGGCGCCAAACUCGCGAAGCAACAACCACUCGUCGCAGUAUCCGCCGCAUGCGCCACAGCAACACUCGUUGGGAUCGCACAGCUACAAUCAGUCGCAUCCGCAGGGUCCAGCACAUCCUACCAAUAGCCAUAGCCUGUCUCGAAACCACAGCAACGCAGGAUACGGCGGACCUGCCGGUGGAUCGGCGAUGGGUGAUCGCCAUAUGGGCGGUGGUGUUGGUAACAACAGUGGCUACCAUCAUCACGGUGGCCAGCAUCAUCAUCAUGGGGGUGGUGCGUCGUCGCAGCCACAACAGCGCCAUCAUAUGGAUCAACCUAGCGUGGGUUCUUCGUACCACAACCAAUCGGGACGUCCGACUGGCGGCCCCCCAAAUCAUCACGGUGGUCCGGGAGGUAACUAUCAAUCUCCUCCGGCAACAACCGAACGUGUCCGAUAUGGAUCCGACAGUGUGGACAACAGCAGCUCGACUAGCGUUGGUGGUGGUGCUGGUGGUAGUGGCGUAGGCCUUACACCAUCCGUAUCCGCCAACUCGUCCGGCCAUGCACGCUCGCCAUCGCCGUCGAACGAUGCCGAGCUCGCCAGCAAGCUGCUCCAGUCGCAGAUGAUACUCGAUCAGUUGAAAACCAAAAACAACUACAACCCUUCUACUUUGGACAUUCUGAAAACGGCGGACCUGGCUAGAUUCUUCGUCAUCAAAUCGUACUCGGAGGACGACAUUCACCGUAGCAUCAAGUACGAAAUCUGGUGCUCGACCGAGCACGGCAACCAGCGGCUGGAUCAGGCGUUCCGCGAACGGGAAGAGAAGGACGGUAUGGUGUACCUGUUCUUCUCCGUCAACGGCUCGGGGCACUUCUGCGGCGUGGCGCAAAUGAUGACCGCCGUAGACUACAACUCCAACUCGAGCGUCUGGUCGCAAGACAAGUGGAAGGGCACGUUCAAGGUGCGGUGGAUCUACGUAAAGGAUGUGCCGAACUCGCACCUGCGUCACAUUCGGCUCGAAAACAACGAGAACAAAUCGAUGACCAACUCGCGCGAUACGCAGGAGGUACCGAACGCCAAGGGAAUCCAGGCGCUGCAGGUGAUCCACAGCUUCGAGCACCAGUCAUCGAUAUUCGAUGACUUUCAGCACUACGAAAAGCGCCAACUGGAGGAGGACACGCGCAAACACGAAGCACCACCACCGUCGAACCACUCGUACCACAAUCGCCGUGAAAACCAGGGCCAGUACUAUGAUGGGCCAGGAAAGUAUCACGGCAGCGGCGGAAGUAGUGGCGGGUACGGCAAGUACAAUGAUCGCGGUGGAGGGGAUGACGGUUACGAUGGGUACGGUCGCGGAGGUGGCUACCAUGGUGGCUCAGGCUAUAACAAGGGCGGCAGUAGCAGCUACGGCGGCUACAACAAUCGGGGUAACUACAACCAUCACGACAAUAACGGUGGUGGCCGGGGUUAUCAGAGCUAUGACCGCCGUAACAAUAACGGCAGCGGUGGAGGCGGCAGCAACAACAACGGAGAAGAUCAUCACGACAAUGGAGCGGGCAAUGGUGGCGGAGGCGGUGGAUAUCAUUCGCGCGGUGGCUACAACAACCGCCCGAGAGACUUUUACCGCGAGGAACGGCGAGGCCCGAAUGACUACGGACGUCCGCGGCCCUCCAACAACGACUACGACGGAGGUCGCGACAGUGGCGAUGGUGGUGGUAUCUACAGGAGUGGCGGCGGUGGUGGCGAUCGUGAUCGUGGCUCUUCGAGAGAUCACUACAGGGACCGUAACGUGCGCAGUGCGCCGGCCACAAAUAAUCAACAGCACCGUGGCAGCGGUUCCGGUGGUAGUGCCUCCAAUAUUUAUCGCAACCCAAACUAAAGUGCGUCGCGUAAGCAGCGGAGAUGGACGACAAUCGAUGCCGACUACUGAUUACCACUCUCCCGAUGGAGAAGCAGAACCUUGUUGGAGUAAUCAAGAGAGUACGGUUCGGUUCUGCAUCA